AUGGACGGCCCUGAUCAGAUCGGUCCCGAUCACUCGCCUAAGCGCACUUUCAGCGACAGACUUCGCUAUGUCGCAAAGACUUUCACAACUCGUGAGGGGCUAUUAGGAGAUUACGACUAUGCAUACCUAUUUAUUCCCCGGUUACCAUUCACGAAAAGAGCCCGCAAAUCAGCUCCAUUCUUCGGUCUUGACGACCGCGUCCCUGUCGUCCUCGCUUUGAUCCUCGGCUUGCAGCAUGCGCUUGCAAUGUUGGCUGGUGUCAUUUCACCUCCCAUCAUGCUCGGCGGUUCAGCCGGUGUCAACUUCGGCGACGAGCUAUACCAAUACCUCGUUUCAACUUCAUUGAUUGUCUCCGGCCUUUUGAGUGCUGUUCAGAUGUUCCGGCUACAUAUCAGAGGAACUAAAUAUUAUAUCGGAACUGGACUGCUAUCUGUCGUUGGAACAUCAUUCUCAACAAUCACUGUCGCCCAAGGCGCCUUCACCCAAAUGUACAAAUCAGGCUACUGCCCAACAGCAGAAGACGGAACGAAACUCGCCUGCCCCAAGGGUUACGGCGCCCUCCUCGGUACAUCAUGUCUCUGUGCUCUCCUCGAAAUCGGCAUGUCCUUCAUGAGUAGUCGCAUCCUCGCCCGCGUCUUCCCCCCUCUCGUUACUGGUCCUACCGUGCUCCUCAUCGGUGCUUCGCUCGUCAAGUCCGCUAUGACCGACUGGGCUGGUGGUUCCGGCUGUGGCGCUGAUCCCUCGAACCCGGGAAUGUGUCCUAGUGCUGAUGCGCCACAUGCUCUGCCUUGGGGCUCUGCUGAGUUUAUUGGUCUUGGUUUCUUGGUUUUCGUUACGAUUAUCAUCUGUGAGCGUUGGGGUCCUCCGAUUCUGAAGAGUUGCUCGGUUAUUGUUGGUCUGCUCGUUGGUUCUAUUGUUGCUGCUGCUUGCAACUACUUCGAGUCUUCUGGUAUUGCCGCUGCGCCUGUGGCUUCUUUUGCUUGGGUUCAUACUUUCCCCUUGUCGGUUUACCCGCCGCUCAUUCUGCCGCUGCUUGCGCUGUACAUUGUUAUCAUGAUGGAGUCUAUUGGUGAUAUUACUGCUACUUGUGAUGUCUCCCGUCUCCAGGUUGAAGGUGCUACUUUCGAUUCCCGUAUUCAGGGAGGUGUCCUUGGUAACGGUAUCACCUGUCUAAUUGCUGGUCUGAUGACUAUCAGUCCCAUGUCCGUCUUCGCACAGAACAACGGUGUCAUCGCCUUGACAAAAUGCGCCAACCGCACAGCCGGCUACUGCUGCUGCUUUUUCCUGGUUGUUAUGGGUGUCUUUUCCAAGUUCGCCGCUGCGCUGGUUGCCAUUCCUAGCCCUGUGCUCGGUGGUAUGACUGCUUUCCUGUUCAGUUCUGUUGCAGUCAGUGGUCUACGCAUUAUCGCUUCGGUUGAAUUCACCCGUCGCAACCGGUUCAUUCUGACUGCCAGUUUCUCUCUGGGAAUGGGUGUUACUCUUGUUCCUGAGUGGUUCGCUUAUUUCUUCACUUACAGUGGUGAUAAUCAUGCCCUGGAAGGUCUGCUGAAUGCUUGUGACCUCGUCAUGGAGAAUGGAUUUGCUGUUGCUGCCCUGCUGGGUAUCUUUCUCAACCUUUUCAUUCCCGAGGAGGCGGAUGAUGUCCCUGCUGUGCUGGAUUCCACUUAUUCCGAGGAUGGUCGUACCCAGAUUGAUACUACUACCCAUGAGUCGACUACUAAGAUGGAGCAUCCUGUUGCCUCCAGUGCUAGUGCUUGA